AUGAUCGAGAUGGAAUCUUUCAGCUUUUAUGCCUGGGCUGGCCCCGGGGGCCUGGGAGGCCACAGCCUGGAGCAUGUCCAGGAUCUGGAACACUGCGGCUCUCACACCACGGGGAAACUGAGGCAGGCCCAGCUGGCCCUGUGGCGCCUGCCCCCACCCCCUCACUGGGCCGGGGACAUGAGGCGGCCAUCGCCACCCACACUGCUGCUGCUGCUGCUGCUGCUGCCGCCGCCGCUGGCUGGGGCUCAGGAGGCCAAGUCCCCGAGAGCCUGCGGACGCCCCAGGAUGCGGAGCCGGAUGGUGGGCGGGCGGGACGCCCUGGAGCGGGAGUGGCCGUGGCAAGCGAGCAUCCAGCGCGACGGCAGCCACUUCUGCGGCGGCAGCCUGCUCUCGCGGCGGUGGGUGCUCACCGCCGCCCACUGCUUCUCCAACACCUCGGACACAGCCCCAUACAGAGUCCUGCUCGGGGCCCGCCAGCUGCUGCGGCCAGGGCCCCACGCCGUGUACGCCCGCGUGCGGCGCGUGGAGAGCAACCCGCUGUACCGUGGCAUGGCCUCCAGCGCCGACGUGGCCCUGGUGGAGCUGGAGGCGCCCGUGACCUUCUCCGACCACAUCCUCCCCGUGUGCCUGCCCGACCCGUCCGUCAGCUUCGCGCCGGGCAUGAGCUGCUGGGUCACCGGCUGGGGCAGCCCCAGCGAGCAGGACCACCUGCCCAGCCCUCGGACCCUGCAAAAGCUCUCGGUGCCCCUCAUCGACACGCCCAAGUGCAACCUGCUCUACGGCACAGACGCGGAGCCCGACUGGCAGCCCAAGGCCAUCCAGGACGACAUGCUAUGCGCCGGCUUUGCCGAGGGCAAGAAGGAUGCCUGCAAGGGCGACUCCGGGGGCCCCCUGGUGUGCCACGUGGACCAGUCGUGGGUGCAGGCCGGGGUGAUCAGCUGGGGCGAGGGCUGUGCCCGUCCCAACCGGCCGGGCGUCUACAUCCGGGUGACCUCCCACCACCGCUGGAUCCGGCGCAUCAUCCCCGAGCUGCAGUUCCAGGGCCGGGCAGGCGGCCGGCGGCGCGACCCUCAGGUUGAGCGGUCCCCCGGGGACGCGCCCGCGCUGCUCCCCAUCUUCUGA